AUGUCAGAUACCGCUAUUUGCUUAUUUUGCAUAAAAUUUCCCUUUUCAGACGACAAGAACGGGUUCCAGUGUGAGCGCUGUGGCAAAGUGUUCACUUACAAGUACUACCGUGACAAGCACCUGAAAUACACGAGGUGCGUCGACCUCGGCGACCGGAAAUACCCAUGUCAUUUGUGUUCGAGGUCAUUCGAGAAACGCGAUCGCUUGCGAAUUCAUAUUCUACAUGUGCACGAAAAGCACCGUCCUCACAUGUGCACGAUUUGCGGCAAAACAUUUUCACAGUCAUCGAGCUUGAACAAGCACCUUCGAGUCCAUUCUGGAGAAAGACCGUACAAAUGCGCGUAUUGCAACAAAGCAUUCACGGCUUCCAGUAUUUUACGCACCCAUAUUAGGCAGCACAGUGGCGAGAAACCGUUCAAGUGCAAGUUCUGCGGAAAGCCGUUCGCCUCACACGCCGCUCACGACAGUCACGUCCGACGGACUCACUCGAACUGUGACAACUUGUAA